UUCAUUCCUCUCUGUUUCACUAAUCGGCCUUGUUUGAAGUGGAUUCAAUCGAUUGAAGCUGUUCUCAGUCCACUUAAGGAGCAGAUCUCUCUCUCUCUUUCUCGAUUGAUUGAAGUUUCAAUAGAUUGCCCGUUUCCUUCGCCGUAGACUUGCCAACAUCUACGCUUUCUUAGCAGAGACAAUGGCAGAUAGGGAUGAAGAUAUUCCAAGGGAUGCAAAGAUUGUUAAAGCAUUGCUGAAGUCAAUGGGAGUAGAAGAUUAUGAGCCUAGAGUUGUUCAACAGUUCCUGGAGCUGUGGUAUCGUUAUGUAGUUGACGUGUUGUCUGAUUCACAAGUCUAUUCAGAACACGCGGGGAAGGUUGCAAUCGACAGUGAUGACAUCAAACUAGCUAUUCAGUCCAAAGUGAACUUUAGUUUCUCACAACCCCCGCCACGCGAGGAUUUGCUCGAGUUGGCAAGGAAUAGGAACAAAAUCCCAUUGCCAAAGAUAGUGCCAGGACCGGGUAUACCACUCCCAAAUGAGCAGGAUACUUUGAUUAACCCAAAUUACCAACUUGCCAUCACAAGAAAGUUAGCGGAGCAGGCAUUGGAAGAAACAGAGGAGGAUGAGGAUGAAGAGAUGGCGGAUCCUGAUCCCGAACCUAAUCCUGAGCCUAAUCCCAACUCUACAAAGGAACAUCACGACACAGAAAUGCCACAAAGUAGAACAACACCUCUGAGAGUAUCCUUUCCCCUUGGUGACAAACGACCGAGGUAAAGUAAGUAAGUAAGUUCAAUCAAGACAACUUAUUUGCAAAUCACAUUCCUGUAUAAUUUGUAAUCGGCAAUACUUGUUGAACUUAUUGCUCUCUCCUAUGUCACCUUAAACUUUCAACUUUUCCUUUUUUAUUAUUAGUAAUUGCAAGUUCAAGGAAAAAGUUUAGAUGUGUACUA